AUGGAUGAUGAAUUCAAUGUAACAUAUAUAACUCUUGUUGGGUAUGAGGAAUUGGACAAAUACAGGUAUUUUUUUGUUUCUAUUAUGUUUAUAGUAUGUAUUUUAACAGUCUUCUUUAGUCUCAUCAUUGUGUGCCUUAUUUGGAUACACAAAAACCUCCAUGAGCCUAUGUACAUUUUCAUUGCAGCGCUGCUAGUGAACUCUAUUGCUUACUGCACUGCUAUGUACCCAGAGUUGUUAAUGAACUUUUUAUCUGAAAAACAGAUCAUAUCAUACUCAGCCUGUCUCUUGCAAUGUUUUCUUUUUUACACCUUAUGUGCUUCAGAUUUCUUCCUGUUGGCAGCCAUGGCCUAUGACAGAUAUGUGUCUAUAUGUAAACCUCUGCAAUAUCCAAUUAUCAUGAGAAAGUCCAUUGUGAGUAUUAUGGUGGCUUUAUCUUGGCUUAUACCUGCUUGUCAGAUUGCAAUCUCUUUAACGAUGAGUGCUCACAUGAAAAUCUGUAAUUUAACUUUAAAUGCAGUUUUUUGUAACAAUUCAAUUUACAGUCUUUACUGCGGGACUUCAAAAGCACGGGAUAUAUUUGAUACGUUUGCUCUUGUAAGCAUGGCACUUUCCCCUUUCAUCUUCAUACUUUUUACAUACACUAGAAUACUUGUAAUAGCCUAUCGAAGUUGUAAAGAAGUCAGGAGAAAAGCUGCACAGACCUGUUUACCCCACGUGAUAGUUUUACUCUGCUUUUCCUGUUUGUGUGCAUAUGAUAUCAUUACUGUUCAACUGGAUCUGCAUUCUGAUUUACAUCCAAUAAUGACUUUACAGGCAUUUUUGUAUUUUCCUCUCCUCCAUCCUGUCAUAUAUGGACUAAAUAUGAAAGAAAUCACAAAACACCUGAAGAAGUUGUUUUGUCGAACCAAAGCAAUCUAA